CCCUAAAAUCCCCGAUUUAUGAAGAUUUAGGGUUUUCGGUUUGAUCCCAGAGUCCAAUCUCCGUCGGGUCUGCUAGGAUUUCUUUGUUAGGGUACUAACCCUAGGAGUCGAGGACUAAGCUCCUCAGAUUCUCCAUCAGAAUCGUAUAAUUCGGAAGCAAUUGAGACAUGGGUGAUCAUGAUGAGCUUCCUUUCGUGGGGAAUGUGAAUCAAGAUGAGUUUGUUUAUCCUUGGACCGUUAUAAUUAAGAAACCUUGUACCAGUGAUUUGGGUAAUGACAGGAAUUAUGUCGAAGAAUGUGGGAUGGGGUUACAUAGCAAGUUGGUAUUAGGACAUGGGUUUACACAUAUAAAAGUUCAUCCUUUAUGGAAUCAACAAGAUCAUUCGUUAAGUUUUUUUGUCCGAUUCAAGAAAGACUUGUCUGGUUUCCACUAUGCAACAUCUUUGGCAAAAUCGUUUGAAUUGAAUGGUCGCGGAAAGAAGGAUUGGUUUGGAGAAGGUGAGAAGACGAGUCGUCUUUAUGGAUGGAUGGCAGUAGAGGAUGACUACAUGACUGAAGGUGUAAUUGGUGAAUACUUGCAUCAACUUGGGAAACUCCAAACAGUUGCUGGAAUUUUGUAUGAAGAGGUCAUGGAGAAAAACCGGAUACUUAAAAAGAUUGAGUGCAUGUAUAAUGAGACCAGUUUAAGAUUCUCGAACCAGAUGGAUAAGAAUGAUAGACUUGAGCGGAAACACAGCGAUGAGUUAAGAGAGAUGCAACAGGAGCACGACGAGAUGAAGUCAGCAUUAGAUACUCAAAGGAAGGAACUCGAGUUUUGUAGAUCAGAAUUAGAAAAGCACAAGGCUGAGAUUGAAGCCGCGAAAAAAUAAUUUUGGAGAAAUCGAGGUUUGGACAACAUUGUCACAUCUCUUAGAAAAUUGACUUUAUAGAGGAUGGAUUGGCAGCUUGGAAGGUAGGAAAUCUUGUUCUGCACUAAUGUAGUUUGUUUUUUUUAGUUGGAAUUCAGAUUUGAAGGUUUAUCUUUUUAGGUUUCUUUUUGCGCCCUCUGCUCUGGAUAUAGUUCAUUAGUCUCAGUUUGCCAUGUGGUUCACUGGUAGACUACAUCAUCCCUGAAAUGUGUCUUAUCAUCUUAUUUUGAAAUGGAUACAUGGAAAGAUAUAAUCCAGAGAUACGAGUACAUCAAAUGUGGUGUGAAUGUCUUAGCUUACAUUACUGAAGUGUGCGCUAUUUUGAUGCUUAUAUAGUUAUAUAUGUUUGCCUAAUUGCAUAGAUCUUAUU